AUGGCCAAGCUUGGGGAGGCCUCUGAGGAUCAAGUUUCUGAGAUUGAUUAUGAAUCUCUCACUGAGCUGUCUGCUCGUCUCGGGGUGGAUGCAGUUCAGCUGGCAAAGAGCCAAGAAGAAGAAGAGCAUAAAACACGGAUGAAAAUGAAGAAAGGUUUUAACUCACAGAUGCGCAGUGAAGCCAAACGACUAAAGACUUUUGUGACCUAUGACACGUUCAGAUCUUGGACCCCACAGGAGAUGGCAGCUGCUGGGUUUUAUUACACAGGCGUGAAGCAUGGGGUUCAGUGCUUUUGCUGUAGCUUAAUCCUCUUUGGUAAUAGCCUCAGGAAACUUCCCAUAGAGAGCCACAAGAAAUUACGACCAGAAUGCGAGUUCCUUCUGGGCAAAGAUGUUGGUAACAUUGGCAAGUAUGAUAUCCGGGUGAAGAGUCCAGAGACGAUGUUGAGAGGUGGCAAAGCAAGAUACCAAGAAGAGGAGGCCAGGCUGGAGUCCUUUGAGCACUGGCCAUUUUAUGCCCAUGGGACAUCACCACGUGUACUGUCAGCAGCUGGCUUUUUCUUUACAGGUAAGAGGGACACUGUGCAGUGUUUCUCCUGUGGUGAAUGCUUGGGAAACUGGGAAGAAGAAGAUGAUCCCUGGAAGGAGCAUGCCAAGUGGUUCCCCAACUGCUUAUUGAUUGCUGUGCAUACAAACAGGGUCAGGGACAUCCGCCCAUACCUAGAUACAAGUCUAGAGAUUAAAGAGUUUCCCUUCUAUAACACUGUUUAUAUAUUAAAGAAGUUCUUCUCAUAUAACAUAAUCUGUGUGGAAGAGUUUAUAAUUUUCUUUGUGUAUAAUACAGAUUUACAGGGAAUUUACAAGACUCCCCUCUUUGUGGGAGCAGUCUGCACUGAAUGGCUUCAAAAUCCACCUGCCCAGGAUGACUUUCAGGAUGUGACACUUUUCAAGUCCUACAUGCGAUACCUGUUCUUAAAGCACAAAGCGACAGCUGAGCCUCUCCAGGCCACUGUGUCCUCAUGUGGGCAGCUGGCCUUGACAGGGCUUUUCUCUUCGUGCUUUGAGUUCAGUAGUGAUGACCUGGCAGAGGCAGGAGUUGAUGAAGAUGAAGAGCUCACCACCUACUUGAUGAGCAAAUUCACUGCCCAGAGACUGAGACCCGUCUACCGUUUUUUAAGUCCUCUGUUACAAGAAUUUCUUGCUGCCAUGAGGCUGACUGAACUCCUGGGUUCAGAUAGGCAGGAAGACCAAGAACUGGGACUUUAUUAUUUGAGACAAAUUAACUCACCUCUGAAAGCUAUAAACUCCUAUAACGUAUUUUUGAAGUAUGUCUCUAGCUACUCUUCUUCAAAGGUGGGGCCACCAGUUGCAUCUCAUUUGCUUCGGUUGAUGGAUGAGAAAGACCUGCUGGAGAACAUGUCUGAAAAUGAGGAAUACAUGAAGCUCCAUCCAGAAACUUUACUAUGGUGGCAGUUUGUUAGAGGGUUGUGGCUGGAGUCUCCUGAAUCUUUCUCUUCAUUUAUUUCAGAACAUUUAUUGAGCAUCGCUCUAAACUUUGCUUAUGAAAGCAACACGGUUGCUGCAUGCUCUCCAUUCAUUUUGCAAUUCCUUCGAGGAAGAACACUGGCUUUAAGAGUACUGAAUUUACAAUACUUUGAGGACCACCCAAACAGCCUAUUACUGUUGAGGAGUUUAAAGGUUCGUAUAAAUGGAAAUAAAAUGUCAUCUCAUGUAGAUUACUCAUUCAAGACCUAUUUUGAAAACCUACAGCCACCAGCUAUAGAUGAGGAGUACACAUCUGCCUUUGAGCAUAUAAGUGAAUGGAAGAGAAAUUUUACUAAAGAUGAGGAGAUCAUAAAACACUAUGUAAAUAUCCGGCCCAGGGCCCUACCUGACAUCAGUGAAGGGUACUGGAAACUGACCCCCAAGCCAUCCAAGAUCCCUAGACUGGAAGUUGGAGUGGUCAACAUGGGUCCAGCAGAUCAAGCACUGCUCCAGGUCCUAAUGGAAGUCUUCUCAGCUUCAGAGAAUAUUGAGUUCCAUUUACUCAACAGCAGUGGCUUUCUUGAAAGCAUCCGCCCAGCUCUGGAGCUGAAUAAGACCUCUGUCACCAAGUGCUCCAUGUCCAGGAUGGAGCUCAGCAGAACAGAACAGGAGCUGCUUCUCAGCCUGCCUGCCCUGCAGUCUCUUGAGGUCUCAGGGACAAAUCAGUUACCAGAUCAGCUCUUCCCUAACUUGGACAAGUUCCUGGGCCUGAAAGAACUUUGUGUGAGACUAGAUGGCAAACAGGAUGUGCUCUCAGUGCUUCCUGGAGAGUUCCCAAACCUCCAUCACAUAGAGAAGUUAUCCAUCCAAACCUCCACGGAGUCUGACCUCUCCAAACUAGUUAAAUUGAUUCAGAACUCUCCAAAUCUCCAUGUUUUCCAUCUGAAAUGUGAUUUCCUUUCGAAUUGUGAGUCUCUCAUGGCUGUGCUUGCUUCCUGCAAGAAACUCAGAGAGAUUGAGUUUUCUGGACGAUGCUUUGAAGCCAUGUCCUUUGUCACAAUUUUGCCAAAUUUUGUUUCUCUGGGGAUGCUGAAUCUUAAAGGCCAACAAUUUCCAGAUAAGGAAACAUCAGAAAAGUUUGCCCAGGCUCUGGGUUCUCUCAGGAACCUGGAGGAACUACUCCUUCCCACUGGGGACGGGAUUCACCAAGUGGCCAAACUUAUUGUCCAGCAGUGCCUGCAGCUUCCAUGUCUCCGAGUUUUCGCCUUUCACUACGUCUUGGAUGAUGACAGUGUGAUUGAAAUUGCCAGGGUGGCAACCAGAGGAGGUUUCCAGAAACUCGAGAGCUUAGACCUUUCCAUGAAUCACAAGAUUACCGAGGAAGGAUACAAAAAUUUCUUUCAAGCCCUGGAUAACCUGCCAAACUUGAAAGAGCUGAACAUCUGCAGGCGUAUCUCAGAAUGCAUUCAAGUUCAGGCCACCACUGUCAAGGCUCUGGGUCAGUGUGUGUCCCGACUGCCCAGCCUCACCAGGCUCGGGAUGCUCAGUUGGCUCCUGGAUGAAGAGGACAUGAAAGUGAUUAAUGAUGUGAAGGAAAGACACCCUCAGUCCAAACGCUUGCUUAUCUUCUGGAAAUGGAUAGUCCCGUUCUCUCCUGUUGUCCUGGAGUAAAGGAUGCAGCUGAA